AGCCCCCUCUUCUGAGACAAGCCGAGCGAUCAAAAAGGCUCCUCCUUUUCAGCUGCUUCCCGCUUCAGUUCAAGUUCACGAUCACACCGUGGUUCGACUUCAAUCCGUCUCGUAUCAGCUUGAAGUCCAUUCAAUCUCAGCUCGAAAUCGCCUGCGAAUUCAUGGAUUCUUUUGAUGCCGAAAGCUCAACGAAGGCCUCUGCUAAACACGAUGGGGUGGACAGCCAUUUGGGCAAAUGCCAGAAAAUAAAGCCUCUGCAAGUUAGUGUCCGGGAAGACCGGCCUUUGGAUUUUUGGCGUAUAGUAUAUGAGGGCAUUGUUGCUGGAGGUACUGCUGGUGUUGUUGUUGAAGCGGCACUUUACCCAAUCGACACCAUCAAAACUAGACUUCAGGCAGCUCAUGGUGGCGGAAAAAUCGUAUUGAAGGGCCUGUACUCUGGCCUGGCUGGAAAUCUUGCUGGUGUUUUACCGGCUUCUGCAAUAUUUAUUGGUGUCUAUGAACCAACGAAACAGAAAUUGCUAAGGGCCUUUCCGGAUAACUUAAGUGCGUUUGCUCAUUUGACUGCAGGUGCUCUUGGAGGGCUUGCUUCUUCUCUUGUUCGUGUGCCCACUGAGGUGGUUAAACAAAUAAUGCAAACUCGGGAAUUUGCUUCUGCCCCUAGUGCUGUCCGUGUCAUUAUUGCCAGAGAGGGUUUUAAGGGCCUUUACGCAGGAUAUGGGUCCUUUUUAUUGCGAGAUUUGCCAUUUGACGCUAUGCAGUUUUGCAUUUAUGAGCAACUUCGCAUAGGCUACAGGCUUGUGGCCAAGAGAGAAUUGAAAGAUCAUGAAAAUGCUAUCAUUGGUGCUUUUGCUGGUGCGAUUACUGGAGCCAUAACAACUCCUCUUGAUGUGAUUAAAACUAGAUUAAUGGUUCAGGGAGCAACAAAACAAUAUAGAAGUAUUUCCCACUGUGUCAAGAACAUUGUCCAAGAAGAAGGACCUGCUGCUCUUAUGAAGGGAAUGGGACCAAGGGUACUCUGGAUCGGUAUUGGAGGUUCAAUAUUCUUCGGUAUACUUGAAAGAACAAAGCAGAUACUAGCUGAUAGGCACUCUUAAGUCUCAAUAGUCAUCUUUGUUUGUAUUUUAUGAUCCUUGCAACGCGAGACUAGUUUUGGAAGUUCAGGCCAUCGAUUUUCACACGUGUAGUUUAUGUACAAUCAGUCAUAUAGUCGAUGUGACUGAUCGUGUUGAGAGAAGGUGACGGCCAUUUCCUUUUUGAGCUGGGCGAUAUCAAUAAGCAUUCAGUAGCUUUUUUGGUUAUGGAGAUCUAAAUAUCAGCACUAGAUUAUUUUCCUUCAUGUACUUUUGAAAGUUUUAAAUGCAAAUGCACGUCCGUCCA